AACAGUGAUGACUACCACAGCAAUCAGAAGCCAGCCAGCCACCUUCAGAAAAAGAAAAGCAACAAAUUAAAAAAAGACUUUGCUGUGAAUGCUUCUUGAUAUAGUCCCUUGUAUCACAGUACAUUUAUUACAGUGAAGAUACCCACUGUGACAACUUUUGAGCGUAAGAAAAUCCAUGUGAAAAUCUUUAUUUGUUUUUCCUGAGUAAGGUUAACAAGACAUAAGCCUGGUAAGGAUCUAUUGUCAACAAAACCAGUCCCUGCCUUCUGCUAGUAGCUGUAUAAAAAGGUGUGUUUCUUUGAAGUUUAAGGAAGUCCCGUUGUAUAAUUUAUUCAGGAUUUGGCUUCCAAAACUAUUAUUAGAAGUCUGUAACAGAGAGGCCAUCUCAUUUCUAGCCCCAGUUAGCUUACAGCCUGUUUAUACCCAUUUCUCUUUAAAGUGGCUGCUUAAUAUUCCCCCUAAUAUUUACCCACUAGAUGAGCUUUUAAAAAUGAGUGUCAUCUUAAAGAACAAAGUUUUGGUUUGGCUAAUGUGACACCCUUAAAGUCCUUUUGUCACAUUUCUUAUUCUUGAAUCAAGAAACUUCAUUCUCCCCCAGGUUCUUGAAUGUCCAUUUGGCUUACUUGCUGGUACUUCUCAAGAUACUAUGCAAGGAAGAACAUUUCCUCUAGUAGUAGGUAACAAAUGGGACAACUACAUGCAAUAACUUGCUAUACCUAAAGCUCACUUCCACUUGCAGGAGCAAACCAGGCUUAAAAACACACAGAGAUUUGGCACUCAAAGCAGCAGGUACAGAUCCCAUUUUUUCUAAUGUUUUACCCACUGAAUUAACUCUAAUUCUCAUUAGAUCCUCAGGCAACAGCUUCACAACAGAAAUAACAUAAACUACUCACUUGUGACUGGUAUCGGAGGAGGAGAAUAACCUCAUCUUUUGCCCUACUCAGCUCUGGAGGAACUAACUGACUACAAGGAAAUGCAGCCAAUAUCUUUCUGCGUUCACUAGCGGUAAUGUUAGAAUUACCUCCAAAAUAAUACGUGGAGACAUACUCACUCACAGCGCACACAUAAAAUGAGCCAUUUAUCAGGGUGACUGCUAGCCAUGUUACUGGAGCAACCAGUGCUCUCCCGGUGAUGCUACACAAGACAAAGCAGGGCUUAGUGCACAUAGAGAAUAGGAGGAGCAUCAGCAGCAUUACAGAAUGCAGCAAAUGCAUCUCCUGCAAAGGUGGAAGAGAAGAAAGGAGAGAACUUUGGAGAAGGGAAGGAGAAAAUACAGUAACUGAGAGAAGAAUAUGCUGCUCGAGGAAGAAAAGAUAUAAACAGGCAAUCAAGUACUUCAAGCGUUACACAAGCAACAUGUCACGACCACCAGGAAGAAAGCAAGACAAUCACAAAAUAAGCAGAGAACUUUUUGUGCUCACAUAUGGUGCGUUGGUAGCCCAGCUGUGUAAGGACUAUGAAAAAGAUGAAGAUGUCAACACCUGUUUAGAUAGAAUGGGGUAUGGCAUUGGCGUAAGGCUGAUUGAAGAUUUUUUAGCUCGUUCAGCUGUGAAAAAAUGCCGCAGUUAUUCUGAAACUGCAGAAAUGAUUGCACAGUAUGACAUCUGUACCACAAACCACUCGAGAGCGCUCCCAUUGCCUGCUUGGAUGUCAGAGACCUGUAGAGACACACUGGUUGCUUUCAAGAUGUACCUUGGGGUCACCCCCAGUGUGAGCUGCACCAGUGCCACAGGAGAUGAGUUCUCCUUAAUCCUGGACAAGAACCCAUUAGUGGACUUUGUGGAGGAGCUUCCCGCAGAGCGAGCAUCACUCUGCUAUUGUAACCUCCUCUGUGGGGUGAUUCGUGGUGCCUUGGAGAUGGUUCACUUAGCAGCAGAAGUUACCUUCCUCCAAGACAAGCUGAAGGGUGAUGCUGUGACAGAAAUAGGAAUUAUAUUUUUAAGGAAGACUGAAGACAAAAAGCACAAAAGAAAUAAAUGAAAGAAGUAUCAGUAGGAACCCUUGCCAAGUGGUAUUUUGUUCUUUUUGUUUCUGAAGAAGAUACACACAGUAAAAAUAAAACAGCUGCAAUCAUUCAUAAAUUUGAAAGGUGAAGAGAGUCAGAAAGUAAACACAAGGUGGGGGGGAAAUCUUCAUUAUCAUGGUAUAGAUAUCACUAUAAAAGUUCAAAACAGCCUCAUCCUUUUAUUUCCUUCUCACAUAACCAUGCUCUUAAUCUCAAUAGAACUUUUAUCUCAGUCUUAUGUGCAUGCCAGAUCCAAAGUAUCCAUUCAGAGACCUACUCUUUUCAGCUAAAUGUGACUUAUUUCUUCCCAUUUUGCUUGCUGGUAAUGUUUCAAAGCUUUGCUGCCAGGAGAUGCUGUUUCCCCUGGCUGUUUGUAGUUAGGAAUAGUAAAUUCAGUCCCAGUGACUACUGCAUGCAGAUUUUCACCAGGAGGUAUCUAUUUUGACGCCUCAUGGUUUGUUACUCAUUGUCCUUCACAAUGAACAGCCUCUUCCCUUUGAUACCAAACUGAGAUGAAAUUUCACUGAAGGCAGGAACUGGUUUGUUACGGGCCCUUCUGAUCCCAAAUGCAGUUUGGCUGGAAUGCCUUUCCCAGCACUGCACAUACGCUAGGCUGCGGUGCUCUGAUGGCCGCGGCGGUAUUUGUGUUACUUCAGACUUAAGCCUUAUUGCUAUUCUCGCUUCCAUGUUAUCUUCAAGAGCAUCGGUCUCAUGACCAAACUGACCAGCGCGUGGCAUAAUUAAUGUGUAGUCACUGCAGAUCUGUACUUCACCUAAGGAAACUGAAAUAAAAAUGCAGAGAUUGCUAUUCAA